UCUGUGUAUCGUGUAUGGUUGUGUGUUGUGAAUAGAAUGCAACGUAUACCGCGAACGGUUCAUUACGUGUCUGCGUGUGUUUCGGAACGACCGUUCUGCGCAUUUCAGUACAGCAGAAACGGGUCAUUCCAAUCGUAGAAUUUGCGUUUCUCGACCGUUUCACGACUCCAUUUCUGUUCCAUAAGCAAGCCUGAUAACUCACGAUGGCUGAAGUGGAAUUUUCGGAGGAGAUUCGCGACCGAAUUCUCUACCACUGGUCGGAAUUGGGUGACCGGCCGAAAAUCAUUUGGACACGGUUGCAGGAAGAAGGUUUCAAUGUUGAUUUUAAUACCGUGCAGGCGCUAAUGCGAUGCGAAGACGAAGAGGCGACCGGGAGUGGAACGAUAGCGGAACACGAGAAUGAGGAGAGCCGGAACGACGGGGCUAGCGUUUCGCCAUACCCCGAAGGGAAUUCUCCCGCCUCUACGGAAUCGCCUGCGAGCGUUCGACCCCACUCACGACGUGGAAAAAACAGAGAGGGUAAAAUAGUCGUCCCUCAAAACAGACGUACCAAGUUAACACCAGACGUGCUCAAUUUAAUCGAGAAAAUCCUCGACACCGAUGGAAAUAUUUACUCCCUCGCAGCUCUCCAAGCGGCUUUACUUAUCAAGGGCGUUAAGAUAUCGAAAACGACGACUUUCAGGGCGCUUGAAAAAUUAGGUAGGAGCAUUGUUGUGAAGAAGAUGAACUUCGCUAACAGAGUCGACAUGGCCCCCGUACCGGAGAGUCUGCGAAAGAACACCCCGGCCUCGAAGAACACCCAUUUCGCUCCUAACUUUGGAGCGCGCAGUACUACUUUUACACCAGAUGGCAAACGUAGACACCACACGUUAACUAUACGCGAGAUGGAAUCGCUCGAAUCGCAGUCCCAUGACAAAAAAGACCACCGUGAACUCGUUCCGAUGACCACGGCGCCUGUGUCGACGUCCACUUCGACCAGCGUUUCGACAGCCACGGGAGCUGGGGCUCGAAUUGAGACAGGGUCAGCGGGACCGGUGCUGGUUUUGCCCCCGAAGAAGGCGGCGACUGCGUCUUCAUCGACGUUGAAGUUGGUGCUCGGCCACGGAGGGAUGACGUCGUACACGUCGGCGCCUCUCGACGAGGAAUCCAUAGAUGGCCACGAUGGUGAGGAGGGAGCGAAUAAACCCGACAAGAUGGAAACCCAGGAAUCUGUUCGGAGUCAAUCGCCGGCUGAAAGACCAGUGCCGACGGUGAAGAAAGAGAUAGUCGACGACGACUACGAGCUCAAGGUUGAUGAAGACUAUGAGUUAACCGUCGAUGAAGGAGAGCUAUCUGGUAGACGCUAUGAAGAACGACCACGAAGCGAGGAACAGCCAGAAGACCUGGUGAUCCGCAGGAGUGGCCCUAGAGGGAGAGACAGGAUUCCUCCAGCGGUUUCGUCCUGGAUGGAGAGAACACAGGACAACGAUGACGAGGCAGCUAUUCUGGAGGCGAGGGCGAUGACACGACGUCGCCUGUCGCAUCCACGCGGUCAGAUGAUGGGCUCGGAUGAGGAGUUCGACUCGGAUCCCGAGACCGUUGUCAACCCGAAGAGACCGUCGUCUCUCGGAAGGUCCUCGGUUGGUUCUGUUCAUAGCACCCAUAGUGCCCACAGCGCUGGUUCUCGUACCACGCACUCCUCGCAUGGCUUCUCGAAGAAUCCCGAAGAUAUGGCGAGGUCUGGUCGGAGCAGCAGUACUCUGACGUCACAAAGCGGAAGUUCUGGUGGCAGCGGUGGGAUGGAGAGAAACCGUAGAUCGCCAAUGACGUCAUCAGCAACCGCCGCCGCUAUGGCCGCAGCGAGGAUGAGCCACUUCCCACUCAGCUUACACAGAUCACAGAUGUGCAACGCGGCAGCGAUGGCGAGUCGCCUCGCGCAUGGCAUCACACCGGAGAUGGGAGCGGCCUUCCACGUCGGGCAACGUCGUCUGCCCUUAUCCGCAGGCAGAGGCGGCGUAAAGCAACCCUUCAUGAGCAAGUUUCAGCGGAACAUGAUAGGGAUGCGACAGGCCAUGGCAUCGAGUAUGCCCAGACGGAUGCACAGGAUGUCCCCCGGGUUCCCGCACGGCGUCCCGCUACACAAGUACCAGAAGAUGGUUCGCAUGCACCACGCCAUGGGUAAGGCCAUGCGGGGGAUGCACAUGUUCGGUCGAGGAGGAGGAAGAGGCAGGGGCAGGGGCAGAUGCCACGGGGACCAGGAGGAGAGGCACGCAAGGCACAUGAGGUUCAACGAAGCUCACGAAAGAACGUCACCUCAUAGUCCGGAUCACUUCAGUGGUGAUGAGAUUUCUCCAGAGUUAGAGAUUGAUCCUCCGGAGUCUUACAGCGAGUUCGCGGAGAGGAUCUUCUCGACUAACCGCAGCCAAAGGCAGACUGAACCCGCAACAGAAACUAGUGGAACUGAAAAAUGGAUGGAAGACAUCUCCAAUCGCAUGGUAGUCAUCGAGGGCCAGCUCCAGCUUAUCCUGGAGCAUCUCCCCUUCAUGGGUGCAGCCGAGAUGCAGAGUGUCUCUUCGGAUCCCGGUGGAGCAGGCAGUGAGGUGGACUCGGGUCUCCAGGAAGAUAGUGGGGCUGGACCAGGAGGGGCCGGUGACGACCGGAGCGGUGGUGGAGAUGCUGAAGGUGAGGGGGGAGAAGGGGGUAGAGGUAGAGAUAUGUCGUCUGAAAACGGCGGCGGAGGAGGAGGAGGAGGAACAGGAGGAGAGACUGGAGAAAGAAGCGGGAGAAAGCGCGUGGUAAGCGGCGGGAGCUCGGCAGGAUCUACUUCCCGUGGAGCCGUUGCCCCAAGUUUAAGGGACAGAGACGGAGGGAGACAUCUCGCAGCAGAGAGGCGACACGCAGGAGGCAAAGAGGGUGGAGCUCGACGUGGAGACGCGAGAGUAGGCUUCAGGGCUGGAGCAACGCAUCUAGCUGGAGCUGAAGGGAGGCAGGAGCUAGAGAGACCGAUGGAAGAUGAUGGGAUCAUCAUGCUCGAUGAUAAGGCAGAGGAGGGCCGCUUUCCUGACAACCUGUCCGAGUUUGGAGACAUGCGAGGUGUGAACCAGUCACAAACAGAAGUUCGUAUACAGAUGGUGAUGCAAGACUCUAGGUGGGAAGAGAUGACGCCCUAUGCCGGAGCUCCCCGGUUGGCUAUCGCUCUCGCCCGCUACUGUAUCUUCGGGACUAAGAUUCUGAUCCGAUCCUCGGUCACAGGGCGUAACAGCAAGAACCCGCUUGACUUUGCUGGCCUGAGAAAGAUAAAACACCUCCUCUUCCAGAAGUACGGAUCCCGGUGCAGUCCCGUCGAGUUUGAGGUGAUCUGGAAGACAUCACGAGAAAGCAUCUCACAGCUGUGCAAGCGACUGAGAAGAAAAUACAACGCGGCAGGCAUGGCGCUGCAACCCGGUCACGACGACUUGAUGGCUAUGGAUGAUUUUAUGGUAGACUGCCCUCUCUUGACGUGAGACAGCACAGUAUUGUUACCGGAAAAUUGGAGAGAACCACCGAUCGGUGUGAAAGAAACCGAGAGAACUUGCGAUAUGAUAGGUCUACCCUGGAUAACAUCCAUACCACUGAACCAUUUCGAGAAAUUCGAUGGAUUCGAGUCUUACUAAGCCUUACUACGAUUAAUUUGAUAUCCUGAGACGGAGUUAUUGCCUGUGACAAACAAGACUCUGGCUGAACUGUUGGACUAUACUGUGAUGUGGUUUUUAAAUAAUAAUGAAACGUUCACAGGCAACUAGUAAAUAUUCUGAGGCAUACACGCUUAGAUUGGAUCUCGAGUGUUGAAACAAAACGUUGACGAUCGCAUUUCUAUAAACUCGUCCAUGUACAAACGACAAUCUCUAAGAUAAAUGGUUGGAAAUGUGUUGUUGCGAUGAAGGGCAAACCUCGUACAGUCGGCUGUACAUUGAACAAGUAGGAAGAGAGUGUAAUGCAUAUAUCGACAGU